GGGACAAAAUAGGAAAACAGAAAAAAUUGGAAUUAGGGUUUAGUAGAAGAAUAUAUAGUCCCAGUUUCCGCAGGGCUUACUCUUCGGAAUCGCUUGCGGCCUGUGGGAGCACUCUGGUCUUCAGCCCCAGAACUCUUCUGCACGGAAACGCGAAAAUGCCAAAGCAAAUCCAUGAGAUCAAGGAUUUUCUUAUUACUGCAAGAAGAAAGGAUGCACGCUCUGUCAAAAUCAAGAGGAGCAAGGAUGUGGUGAAGUUUAAAGUUCGCUGCUCCAAGUACCUUUACACGCUGUGUGUGUUUGACUCCGAGAAGGCCGACAAGUUGAAGCAAUCCCUUCCUCCAGGUUUGAAUGUGCAGGACCUGUGAAGAAAAUGAGUUCAGUGAGGAGAUUUAUCUAUUUUUUUCUUUUUGUUUUUCCUUAAUUUGGUAACUGCGGUGAUGAGAACCUUGUAAUUCUUCCUUUGGUAAUGAAUUUGUAGACUUGGACAUGGUGUGUUUCGCAUUUUUUGUUUUUUGUUUUUUCUUUUUGAAAAAAAAUUUAAUGAAUGAACUCGGCAAUUUUGUGCGUUU